AUGGAAUUAUAUGGACUGGAAGAUGUUGGAAAUAAACAAGUUAGUGUUACAGAUGGAGAAGGAGAAGGAGAGGAAGACACAUAUUUGCAUACACUUGAAAGUAGUGAUAUAACAGAUAUUGAUGCUACUCCACCUCGAGAAGAAUCUAAUUUACAUAUGUCUAGUAUUGUAUCAGAAGAAGAGAUAAUACCAAAAGAACCUCAUCGAUUAUUAUCGAUAUUGAAUGGAAAUAGGAAUAAAAAACGAAAAGUAGUUGAAGUAGAAGUAGAAGAAGAAAUACCUGAACCUGAAACAUUGGAAGAAUUAGAAAAGAAGAUAUAUUCAAAAAUUAAAUCAACUAGUAUAACUAGUUUUUUUUCAUCAUAUAAAAGCAAAAAGGAAUUUAGUUCAUUUAUUACACUUCAAAUAUCACCAGAAAAGCUUCGGAAUAUACGACGAGCUCAACAAUUACCAUUAAAGAAUACUAUUGAUCAUAAUGAAUUUAAAAUGUUUGAAAAUGCAAAAAGAACAUCAGCAAGAGAUAUUUUUAGUAACUUUAAACCAAAAGAGACAGAAAUCAAACAACAAUCUGAAAUUAAACAAUUAAAACUCGUUCACAUGGUAACAAUCAAAUUAGAACCAAAGUAUCUAGCAAAAUUUAAAGAAAAUCCAUUACGUACCAAAGGAAAUAAUGUGAAUGGGACAUCUUAUAAAUCAGUUUUUGCAUCGAUGAUGACUGCCAGUAAAAACAAUAAAUCAUUAACUACUAAACAGAUUAAAGAAAUGGAAUUACCAAGUAUUUCAAAAAGUCAAUUUCAUGUUACGGACGAAAUUAUUUCAUAUUUACCAACGCUGACAUUACCAGCACUACAAAAAAAAUUGCAUGUACAAGAUCCAGAAGAUAUAUCUGGACUUGUACCACCAUUGAAUAUACCAAAAUCAAAACUGCAUUACACUUAUACAUAUACAAAUAUAAACAAAUCAGAAUUAGCAUUAAAUAAAAUAUCCAACCUUCAUAAAGCAAAACAAUUACAAACUAUAUUUGAAAAAUUAAAUCAACCUACAAAUGCAUCACAAAAUUUACAACCUUGGGUUAAUAAAUAUCAACCUGAACAAAUGUCAAAUUUAAUAAUGCAUAAACAUAAUAUAAAACAAAUAAAAAAUUGGAUAGAAAAUUCAUUUUUAAAAUUAAAAAAUCAAGCACCAGUAAAAGAUUUAAAACAAAAAUUGAAAAAAAGAAAAAUUGAUAAUUUUUUAAUUGAUGAUGAUGAAACAGAAGAAGAAAUAUAUCUGCCAUUUUUAAUUUUACAAGGUUCAUGUGGUUCAGGAAAAUCAACAUCUGUUUAUACAGCAAUGAAAGAAUUAAAUGGAUAUGUUCAUGAAAUUAAUACAGGUAUAUCAAGAAGUAGAAAAGAUAUUUAUAAUAUUUUAAAAGAAUUAUGUACAACUCAAUUAGUUAAUGAUACAAAAGAAUUUCAAAAGGGAUUAAUAUUAUUUGAAGAUGUAAAUAUAUUAUUUGAACAAGAUAAAACUUUUUGGCAAGUUGUACAAGAUAUUAUAAAUGUUUCCAAGAGACCAAUUAUUAUAACUUGUGAAGAAAUUUGGAAUAUUCCAAAAAAUUUAAUUGAAUUUGCUCAAGAUGAUAAUUCAAUAAUUUUUAUUGAUGAUUACCUAGUUUCUAAAAAAUUAAUUUCUGAUUAUUUAUGGUUAUGUUGUUUAAAUGAAAAUUAUAAUGUUGAUGAUAAUAUAAUUAAUGAAAUUAUUGAUAAUAAUUGGAAUGGUAAUAAUUAUAAUUUGAAAGGAUGUUUAAAUCAAUGUGAAAUGUUAUGUAAAGUACAAAAUUUACAACAACAAAUUAUUAAAAUUGAAAAGAUAAAAGAUGAUGAAGUUGAUAAAGGAAAUGAUGAUUUAUUAUUUCAAGCUCAACAAUUUGAUCUUAAUUCAGCAAGUGAUGUAAUUUCCAGUAAUUCUAAAACUCAAAUACCUUUUAAAUUUCAAAAAAAUGAAUUUAUUGAUUUAUACUACAUUGAUGAUUUAAAUAAUUUUAAAACAUUACCAUUUGAAUUUAAUUGUGGUAAAGAAUUGAAACCGCUAAUUACAACAAAUUUAUCAAAUCAACCAAUUUUAAAAUUUAAAAUAAAUGAUUUAAUGUAUGAUUGUCAAAAUUUUAUAGGAUCAAGGUUAAAAAAAUUUUCAAAAUUAUUUUAUCAAAUUGAUAAUUCAAGAGCAACAAGAUCAAGUAGUAUUGAAUCAAAUAAUAGUUUUGAAAUUAAUCAGCAUCAACAACAAUAUCAACAAGGUAUACCUGAAAAUUCAUUUUUAUAUAAUAUACCACCACAAACCUUAAUAUUAGAUUUAUUACCAUUUGUUAGAAAUUGGUCAAGUUUUCAAAUUGAAAUAAAUAAAUUUGAAAAUGAAAGUUUGAAGUUGGGAAAAGCAAGUAUUAAAAAAUUUUUAAAAUAUAGAGAUUUUUUAAUUAAUGAAUUUAAUUUAUUGAAUACUUUACCUAAUUUAAAUUCAUUGAUUAGUGAUGAAAUGAUUAUUGAUGAAAACAUUAAAGAAGAUAGUAAAGAGAACAAUAAUGAGAAUAAGAAUGAGAUUGUAGAUGAGAAUAUGGAUGAGAACAUUAAUGGAACCGUCUCACUCGAAUCCAGAAAUGAAUUAAAUAGUAAUGAAUAUAGAAUGAAUAUAGAAUGA